AUCGCAUUCACCCCUUCUCUGCAGUUCUCAUCCUGCCUUUGUGUCUCGUCCGUCUAUAAAGCGAGGAGAAGGACGACUAAGACCAGCGUGGUCGCAUGCCGAAGAGCGGGACAAGAACCAGCUGGAGAAACCUAACUUUGGCAGCGUGGGCAGCGACGCUUGUGAAGGCAGAUCUUCGCCUCUCACCUGUUGAAUAGAGAAGACUUUUCAACUGCUUCCGUUCGAAAGCUACGGAGGAGAUGCGCUUGUGUCUGUCCACCCCCUUGUUCCCGCAUUCUUUCCUGUCCUGUGUUUUCCUGAAUCAGGCCUUUCCAAACCGAAACGCAGAUGGCUGUAGAAGAAACGGUCGUUUAGACGAGUCGUUUUUUGUGGAAGCCAAGAAUCGAUAUUUUCCUCGAAGACGAGAGACCCGCUGUAGCAUGCCUGCAUCGCAUGGCCUCCGUGGCCCCAGCUUUUUACAGAUGUUGUUUCCAUGUAGUAUUGCCCUCCCUUCGCCUUUUUCUCCUCUUACCUUUUUUCAUCUACCCUUCCCCUCUCAAAUUGGUUCUCCAUUUCCAUCCAUUCGUUGUGUCUGAGCCCAUUUCCCAUCUCAUCCAGUAUGCCGCCUGGAGUAUCGCCGUCGCCUAACCCCUCCCUGUUGGCCGGUGUGGAGGGACCUUGUCCGUCUUCUCCCGACUCUCGUCGCACAGAUGCUUCCCCGGUUACUUUCUCUUUCACUUAUCCGUCUCCGUCCGCCUUGUUUGACCCAGAAAAAGAGAACGAAUCGUCGUAUGCGCCGUGCUCUUCCCUGUUUUCCGCUGCGUCGCAUACGCACGUGCCGGUGAAGCCUGGCGUCCAAUUCGAUUUCGACUCUUCUUCGCAACCAUCACACUUGUCGUCCUUCGCUGCCCCCUCUCUGUCGUUCUUUCGUUCAUGCUGGCGUGACGUUCCGGGGAGAAAACCCGCUGAAGAAGCCCAGACCGUUCCUGUCUCCUCGCUGCCCGAGACGGAUCUAUUCGCGCCACUCGCCUUGGUGGCCUCUCGCGCCUCUGGCUGCAGUUCGCAGAUCUCUGCAAAUGCGAAAGUCGCGUGUAAAAACAGCAAAGGCCGACUUCGAGGGGGCGCCGACCGCGAGGAAGCGACGGAUACUGCGGUUUCGCCUGUCUCCGGUAUCCUGACAGCCGGUCCAAAAGAGGGAUCGCUACCUGCGGGGACGCGUCCCCGCGACGGGAUCGCCGCGGGAGAGACAGUUUCCCUCGAUCAGGAGAGACCCUGUUCCUCGUCGCGCCCGCCGUUAUCUGCUCUCUCGCUUUUGUUUUCCGGCCAAUCGUCGCGCCGACCUCGCGAGAGCGGAGAAAGCCUAGAGUCGGUUGCACCCGUCUGCGAAGCCGCCUUCACUUUCUCAUCUCCGCUCUCCGUUCUGCCGCCUGCGGCGACAGUCGCUGGCGCCUGCACACUCACACAGGGCGGAUCGGCAUGGGGCUGUAGACCGAGCGGAGAGGAUUUUCCUCUCCGCUUCAUCCCUCUGCUGCAUGCAGAGCCAGUGCGCGGCGGCGUCGAGCAGGCAGUACCCCUCGACCCCGGCCCGCUCUCGUGGUCUUCUUGUCCGUUUGUCGUUGACCCUCUGGCCUUUUCGCUGUCCUCCACUCUCGGAGAUGGAGUCAUCUGUUCGUCUCUCUCUGCAGACCCUGCAGAAGCUCUCCAGACCUCUGCCGCCGCCCUCGCUACCGCUCUGAAGUUCGCUGCGGCCGCUGCACUUUGUUCUCCGAAGAAGCGAGCGAGUGGGGCGGCGUCGAAAGGCUCUGUUUCGCCUCUGCAUCCGGACGGAGGCGAGAGAGAGCGCGAGAAGGAGUUGGCCUUCUUUCAGGCGUUCCUUCGAGAGACUCAACUCAGGAGAAGGAGAGCGAGACAGGCCAGACGUGAGGAAGAGACCUCCGCCCUCAUGCCUCUCGGGGCCGCGACAGCCGCUUCUAGAAAGCAACACGACGACCUCUAUCAAGCGUUCCACGCUGCCCACAGGGUCGCGGAGAGCUGGGCGGAGCGCCUGUCGAAGGACGUCGACUUCUUCGGGAGUCGCAGUGCACGCCAGGUGUCCUGCGGAGAGUCCGAGGCACAUGCAUCUUUUGCAGCCUACAAGAAAGAGACAACGAGUCCGGCGGAAAAACGCGAAGGAGAGACUCUCGACUGCGACCACGGAUCUCUCCAGGCGUCGCGAGAGAGUGGACAGACAGCCCAGGACGGUCUGCAGGUGCUGGUGGAACAGUGGGGGACAGAGAUAGUAGGAAGAGUUUCAGACAAGAUACCAGUGGGAAAUAUCGAACAAAAGGAGACGAGGAAACCGAGCAAAGGGCUAGACCUCGAGUGCGCAUUUCCAGCAGUGAAGCUGUCCUGCAGGCCGAGCUCGGCAGCGCGAGCAGUCCUGUACAAGGCCCUUCGAGGCGUGGCGAAUGAGCUAACCCAAGCGGAAGAACUCGCUACGCAUUUGCGAGAAAAAACUGAACCUUCAAGCUCUGCGACUUCUUCCGUGCCGUCGCCCGGCGCGGUACCUGAAGAGGGAGACCUUGCGGAGACAAAGUCAUCGGGAUCGAGUGCAGCUUCGUAUGCGCCGCCCGCGGCUUCAGAUGGCUCAGGGCCUUUGUCGUCACAGGCUCCGGCCUUUCAGGCUGGGGACGAGGAGAGCACAGAGAGAGAGAGUGACCCUCUCGCGGCGGGCGUGGAAAGAGGCUCUGCGUCGUCCUUCAACUUCUUGGAAGAGGCAGAAGAAGCCGAAGAAGCACAAGUGCAAAAGCUUGUGAAACGUGCAAUGCUCCUUCGCUCUCUGCGCGACCUGCUCCGGGAACACUUGUCUGUCUCGCUGCCGUCGGGCGCGCCUCUCAGUCUCUCUCCGACGAAGAGAGACCCGCCUUCUGGGCCCUCGUCUCCGGCUGCUGCUGGGCCUUCUGCGCCCGCGUCUGAGGACGCGACCUCAGACUUUUUCAGUGAAGAGAAGCAGCGCCACGAACGCAUUCUGUCUCUGCUUCUCCGACAAGUCGAGCGGCAUGAGGACCGGCAGGUGCACGAGCUGCUUCUCUCGACCUCGACGCCGAAGCCUGUGAAGCAGCGUCUCGUCCAAGUUCUCCUCGCAGAGGUUUUAGCGGAGGUGUCGGUUACAUUUCACCACGAACGCCUUCGGAAGCUGUCCCCUUCUGUGGGGUCGAGAAAGCCGAGCCACGGAACGCUGUCGAUGCCUGUGGCCAGCGAGAGGGGCCGCGCAUGUCUCACCUCCGCGGGGGCCGCGCCGGCUUCCGGGAAACCGGGCACUCAGCCGGGUGUGUCUGGGGGUCCUCUAGCCCCCGCUUCUUCCCCCGCUGGGGAGGGUGUGUUGCCGGCUGAACUCGCGGGGCCCUCGCCUCUGAGCAUCCUGCAGUGCCUCGUUCGCGCCCAACGCGCGGAAGCCGCGACCGCGGAGGUCCAGGCGGAGGUGGUCGCGGCCGGGCGCGCGGCGCUGCUGCGUCUCGCCCACCUGGCGCCCAGACUGGCGGCGUGUAUCCCAUUGCUCGCGCCGUACCUCAACCACUUGCCGCGGCUCCUUCACGUGCAACUUCAGUUGCUCGCUCAGCAGGCCCAGCGCGGGGAACUGACGACGAAAGGCAUCGAGGAGAAGCUGCUGAAGCACUUCAGAGAUCAGGAAGCCUUUGCAUGCACGCCCUUCUUCGCCGCGCUCUCACAGCAGCUCGCUGAGUGCCUCGCGGGCUCGCGCCCCAUCCUCCCCGCUCCAAGCCUCGCCACUGUAGCUCUCGCGCCCGGCGCCGCGACCCCCCAGACCCUCGCCUCGGGUCUCCUCGCGCCCGGCGCCGCGGCUGGGCCCUUCUUUCUCGCCCAAGGGGCCGGCGGCGAGCGCGGGCUGGCCUCGGUGGGAGCCCUGGCGCCGCGUUUGGCUGCCCUGGGGACGGCGCGCGAAGACGGGAAGGCUGCCAACACUCCGGGAGGACUCGCGGGGAAGCCACCAGCUUCGGCCGCGGCGAAGAAACCCUCGCGAAAAGGCAUGGGGAUGAGCGGCUGGGCGCUCUUUGCGAAAGAGAAACGCGCCGAGCUUCAGCAAGAGGGCACGCUGGAGGGCGAGACGCUGCCCGAGCAGACGUCCUUCGUCGCGCGCUUCUGGCACCAACUGAGCAAGGAGAAAAAGGCCGAGUGGGGACGCCGGGCCGAGGAGCUGAAUCGACAGGCCGGCCUCCGGAUGAAGAAGGAAGAAGAGAUUCGCAAGAUGAAGGAGCAGGCGGAAGCCGAGGAGAAGAAGCGGGCGGCCGCGGCAACCGUCACAGGCUUGUCGGAAGCAGGCCUGGGUGGGGUUCCCCUCCAGGGACCCUCAGGAAGUCUCCCGCAGUUAAAACCGGUUUUGGGGGCUCCCAUGCUGCAUCCGUCUCUUGCGCCGUUCACAACUGCGAAGAACACCCUCCCUGGAGGCGCCUAUCCGCAUCCAGGGCCCGACGACCGCGCCCACCAGUCUCUGCUUCCUGCCGGGACGCCGGCGGGCCCCGCGACCAGGGUCGUGCACGCAGACGGAUCUGUCUCCUUUGUGGGGCACACCGUGUCGGGGGCCAGCCCAUCGCCCGCGGGGGGUCUCCCAGGGGACGGGGUGUCUCCGAGGGCGGCACAGGCGGGCGAGGAGGCGUCGCAGGCUUCGUCGGGCUUCGCACGGACCCCACAGCCGCAGGGCCUUGCCACGCCGUUUGCAGUCCCCGGGCCUCUGGCGAGGCCCCCCCAGCCACCAGACGGCAUGCAGAGCGGCGUCGGAGCGGACUUUCCGGCGGCCAAGAAGAAGAGCCGCUCUGGGGGCAGCGGGAAGAAGGGUGAAGGCCAGGGCAAGGGCGGCCGCGGGUAUACCGCGUUCACGUUUUUUGCGAAAGAGAUGCGACAGAAGUGCAAGGAAGAAGGCAUCGAGUGCGGGACAUCCCUUAGCGAGCAGAAUACGUUCAUCGGAGACAAGUGGCGGCAGGUGUCUCCUGAGGAGAAGAAGAUUUUCCAGCAGCGCGCGAAGGAGGCCAACGAGGCAUGGCGCCGCGAGCAUGAGGAGAAGCUCCUCCUGGCGCAGCAGAAGGAGCAGGAACAGGCCCAGAAGCAAGACACGCCCGCGGACCCUUCCCUGGCGUUUGCCGUCCCCCAGGCAGGCGCCACCCCGAGUGCUGGGCCCCCACAGAUGUCAGCGCAAGCGGCAGGACAACUGCGCUCUUCCUCGCUCCCGGGGUCCGUCGCCUGUUCGCUUCCCGUCUACGGUUCGCCUCCCCAGACAGGCGCGUACCAGCUCGCAACGGGGCCUGGACACCCCACACCCUCUCAGGGCGCUCAGGGCGGGUAUCCGCCCCAAGGGCCUGCCCUGCAGGAGCGGCGAGGAGAGAGAGAGGGCGACGCGUUCGGCGCCACAGCUUCGCACCUUGGGCUCCCACACACUGUGUCCGGGCCCCAAGGCCGCGCGCCUCCUGAGUCCCGAGGCGAGUUGGGCGCGCCCGCUCCUCUUCCCGCGUUGCAUCGAGGGUCAACCCCCUUCUCUGGGUCGCCUUCGUCCGCUUCUCUCUCCGCGCAUGCAGUUGCCCGUGAAGAAGACGGUUCGCGAGAGAGGGUGAGCGCUCUCGAUUCGGCGUCUCCGCCGCUGAAGAAGCAACGAGGUGACAGUGAGGACGCGCCCUUCUUUUCCGCUCGCCCGGGGCCGGGAGACCCGGCCUCUGCAGGUGCGGGCAGGGGUUCUGAGGCGGGUGAGGUGCAUGCAGGCGAGCGAGAGCGGCGGGGGUUCUACGCCGCGGCGCCCCUUCCUUCGAAUGCCCACUUUGGCGAGACCGGGUGUCCCUCCGUGGGGGAUCAGGAUGGAGCCCAGAGAGCCGAGGGGCGCGGGGCAGUGGGUGCCGUGGCGACCCCAGAGCCGCAGUGGAGACGCGAGGACGACGCUUUUGCUGUCCAAAGCCAACUGCCUGCUGCGCAGUUCACACCUCCGCCCGCGUCACUUCCUGCCUUACCGCCGAGAACCUCACCCUUUCCUUGCGAUCACACUGUGGGGCUCAGGAAGCCCAGUCUCUCCGCGCCUCCGUCCGCGCCGGGCUUGGGGGGUCUGGCGGCGUACCCGCCGGAGGAGGUCUUGUACCAGCUCAAGUUUGACUCGCCGCUCGACGUCGAGGAGGGCCGGCGAGACGAAGACCGAGAAGAGAGAGGACGAAAGAUGUACGGAGGUGGGGAUCGGGAUGCGUCUGACAGAACGGAUUUCUUUGUCUCCGAGCAAGUCCACAGUGCGCCGUUGCCUUCGCGAAGGAGCCUGCGAGCAGCUGCUCGCGGGGCGCUGGAGAAAGGCUCCUCAGAAGGGACAGGAGAGACAGGGAAGGAGACUAAGGGUGAAGAGGGAGUGGACGCGAGUGAGAACGAAGAGUCGGAAGGAGACGGCGCCGCGAACUCGAAGGAGGAGGAAGAGAGAGACGCCGAGACCGGAGACGAGGAGCGUGGGGCGCGACAGGGCCUCAGGAGAGACGAGGGGCGAAGAGGCAGACGCGGGGAUCACUUGACUGGCGGGAGCGCUCGCGAGGAACAGCAACAAGUCGAGUCACCUUCCAGCGGCCGGUUCGGGACCCGAGUCCGACGGGGCGUGAGUGAUCGCGACGGGCUUCGAUUUGAAGAGACAGAACGUGACCAAGACGAAGGAGACGCUGAAACCGAAGAAAAGGAUGAAGAGUGGGAAGAGGAAGAAGGUGCAGACGAUUCCAGCGACGAGGACUUCGAACCUGCCUCCAGACGUCACUCCGCCUCUGCGAAGAAGAGGCUGAGAAAAGUGCCUCUCCCCGCGGCUGUUGAGGAGACAGGCGAAACUCCCGACCCCGUACGCGCCUCCGGAAGGGCACAGCGGCGGUCGGGCGGAGCGGCGAGGGAGUCCAAGGGGGCCGCGGACGAGGAGACUGAAGUGCCUGCGAGAAGGAAUCAGGGCAGCCGGAGAAAAAGGACUGGCUCGACGGAGAGGUCCAAAGCGCGAGCGCGAAGACGAAGAGAAGAAGGAAAGGAAUUGCUGCAACUCUCGCUUCCUGCCUCCAUCGUCGAAAAAGAAGGGCCGUUGACACUCUGGGACUUGAUUCAACGAAAUAAGCGAAAACCAGUCAGCUCCGCCAAAGGCGAACAAGAAGCCGAGGCCAAGGCAAAAGCCGGUGCGAGUGGCGAGAACGGUGGGAGAGACUCGCAGAGACACGGAGAAUUGGACGAGUCUUUCGACUCAGUGCUGGGGUCGCUCUUCUCGGCGCCGGCUUCCUUCGGCCAAGGCACUUUGGGAGGGGGCGACCAGGCCCUGCAGGCCCUGUUGUCUCCGUCCCCAACGCGAAAGGGGAGAGAUGAGGAAGAAGAAGGCAGCGCUGAAAAGGAUCUUAGUGCGCUUUUCGACACCCCCCGACAAGGAUCUGCGCCGGCUCUCAGGCUUGACGCUGACGGCCAGCUCGUCAUGGACGAACGCGGCGAAGAAAUGGAGCCUCCCGUGUGCACGUGUGGGGCCAGUUUGGGUUUGUUUGAUGCUCUUGGCCAAGCUUCUGCUCCAUGCGUGUGCCUCUUUAACGGGCGACGACGCCUGGUGGAAGAAGGCGGCCCUGGAGGCGUGAACGGUCUGUCUCUUCAGCCGUAUGCAGGGGCCUACAAGAGCACGAAAGGAAAAAGGUGGACUCCAGAAGAAACGCAGAGGUUCUACGCUGCGCUCGAACAGUACGGCACAGAUCUUCUGCUGGUUGGGACGCUGUUGCCGCAUGUGACCGACAAGCAACUGAAACUCAAGUUGAAGAUUGAAGAGCGGCGGUGCCCAGAAAAGGUGGAAGCUGCGCUACGCCGACGUAGACAGUUGACAACCGACGCGUACGAGGGGAUGCACGGAAAAAUCAACGCAGCGCUGCACUACCGGAGAGCCCUCGGUUCUUCGUCCUCAGACGACAGCGACGGAGAAAGCGAAACGCGACGCCCAAAGGCAAUCGCAGAUUCGCCUCCAAUUUCGGAGCCGACGCUGCCGUCUGCGCCAGAAAAUUCUUCGUCCUCGUCCUUCCCUGCGCUCUUGUCGAUUUUGGCCGAUGCCUCUGCGGACGGGCAGACAGCGGCAGACAACACUGACGUCGAUCCUUCCCUCUUUGCGCUUCCUGUCGAGGGAGACAUAACGGCAGGAGCAGGUGACGACCUCUUAGCUCUCUUUGGGUAGUGGUUUUCUCGGAUGGGCGCCUCCGUUUCUUUUCGUCAGCUUUCGAGUCUGCCUAUCUACGCUGCGGGAUGCUGCUGUCGUCCUGUGGUUGUCGGUGAUUCCGUCUCUCCUCUGCUCGCCUGCAUUGUUUCUUCAUCUCCUCGUCCAGCGUCCUUCUCUCUUGCGAGCGAAGAGACACUGACGGUUUCUGAGAAGACGCCAGGUGUCUCUGAAGAGACGAAACGUCUGCUCCGGUUUUCGUGCUUGAGACACACAGGUUCGAAGAAGAGAAAACCAUCCUGUAUCGUUCGAGUCAGUUCGUCAGUCUUCUGUGGACAGUCUGCAUCAACCGGCCUGAGAGCGUUACCCCUGAGAUUAUUCUUCCGAGUGCGAUACGCAGAAGUAGGCUGAGAAGCGGCUGAGCUGGACUGCGACCUACUCCGGUUGCACGCUGCAGCUUGACUUGGGUCGACUGUCUCUUGGCAACGUUAACACUUUGCCGUAAGCCUUUCUUUUUUCUUCUGUGUUUAGUGAACCUGUGUAGCUCUCCACGUCGGCCUGUGAGGAAAGAGACGUCGGUGGUGAGCCCCACAGUUCCUUCACCCUAAUUCCCGCUUGUAUGUUGCUGUCGUUUUCGAGAAAACUUCGAUUUCACAUUCGUCGCUUUUCCACGACAUAUCCGGAAGACAGCGUCGUAGCUUCUGCUAGACGUGCUCAGCCUCUUCCGUGCUGCCCUAACAGACAGGUCUAUCAGUCACGUGCAUCUACCUUUACGUC